CACCUGCACGCGCUUUCACUCCGAACAAAGUUGUCACUGGUCUGCAGCCGGGAAUGGGUUUCAGACAGCUAAAUGUUUUGAAGACCGAAAUUUAAGCAGCGGUUUUCACACCAAAAAAGUGGGAAGUGGUGUUUUUUCCUUCUUCUUCAAAUGGAAUUUAUAGUCAUUUCAUUUUGUCAUUUCGUUUAACUUUUUGCUGUGUGUGAACGCUGGAACCGUUUUUCUGUGGAAAACAAAAAUGCCGGAGCAAAUAAACAUUUCGGAGUUUGUGGUUUUAACGAACGAGGACUUGUCUUCGCCUGCGACUUCCAGUUUUCAUACGAAGAUGAGUGACUGUCGGAACACGGUUUCAACCAUGGAGGAGUGUCUGGAGAUGGAAAACACAACUUUUCAGAAGAUGAAGAAGUUAAUUAAAGCUAUACACACAUCUGGACUCACCUAUGUGGAGAACAAAGAGCAGUAUAUUGAAGUGUUGGAGAAUCUGGGAAAUGGCCAUGUAAAUCAGGACAACAAUGAGAUCUUCCCAGGGUUCCUCAACUUGGCUGUGUUUACCAGAGAGGUCACAGCACUCUUCAAAAACCUGGUGCAAAGCCUCAGCAGCAUCAUGACGUUUCCUCUGGAAAAUGUCUUGAAGUCGGAGCUUCGGGACAGCAGAUUAGAGCUCAAGAAAAACAUGGAAAAGAGUCUGAAGGAUUACGACAUCAAAUUAGGGAAGGUGGAAAAGGAAAGGAAGGAGAGAGCCAAGCAGCUGGGGCUGAUCAGGGUGGAGGGGUCAGAUGGAGCAGAGGACACGGAAAGAGAAAAAAGGGUCUUCCAGCUGCAAAUGUGCGAGUAUCUGCUAAAAAUCCAGGAGCUGAAGGUUCGCCAAGGCCCCGAACUUCUCAAGAGCCUUAUCACGUAUUUCGACUCCCAGUUGAGUUUCUUUCGGGAAGGACUGAAAGCUGCGGAGAACCUUGCCCCCUUUAUUGAGAAACUUACUUCUUCCAUGUACAAGACUCGUGUGGAGCAGGACGAGGAAGUCAAACAACUCACUCAGUUGAGAGAUUCUCUCAGGUUACUUCUACAAGUAGAGGGGAAAGAGGAAUACCUCAACAGGAAAAACUCGGGCAACGGAUACAGCAUCCACCAGCCUCAGGGAAACAAGAAAUAUGGGACAGAAAAAUCUGGUUUCCUGCUCAAGAAGAGUGAUGGGAUUAGGAAGGUUUGGCAGAAGAGAAAGUGUGGCGUCAAAUUUGGAUGUUUGACUAUUUCCCACAGUACGGUCAAUCGGCCUCCAGCCAAACUGAACCUGCUGACCUGUCAAGUACGACCGAAUCCAGAGGACAAAAAGAGCUUUGACCUGGUCACCCAUAAUCGGACGUAUCAUUUCCAGGCUGAGGACGAGCAGGAAUGUGUGAUUUGGGUGUCAGUGCUGCAGAACAGUAAAGAGGAGGCCUUGAACACAGCGCUGGGAGGAGAUCAGCUUCACCUCCAGGACAGUGGGCUCCAGGACCUCUCUCAAGCUAUUAUUGCAGAGCUUCGACACAUGCCGGGAAACGAGGCGUGUGCAGACUGUGGAGCUCCAGAACCCACCUGGCUGUCCACCAACCUGGGCAUAUUGACAUGUAUUGAAUGUUCUGGAAUUCACCGGGAUCUGGGGGUCCAUUACUCCAGGAUUCAGUCCCUCACCCUGGACCUGCUUAGCACCUCAGAGCUGCUGUUGGCCUACAGCAUUGGUAACACCAGAUUCAAUGACAUCAUGGAGAUGGGACUCCCAAAUGACUAUGUGAAGCCAUUACCACAAAGUGACAUGAAUGCCAGGAAGGAGUACAUUGUGGCAAAGUACGCAGAGCAUCGGUACGUCCUGCGGAAAGAGGACACUAACCCGGCGCGGCUGUACGAUACGGUGAAAAGCCGUGACCUCACGUCCCUUCUGCAGCUCUACGCUGAGGGAGCAGACCUGAGCAAGCCGCUCACAGUCCCCGACAGACAGGGGUUUAAGGAGACUGCUCUCCAUCUUGCUGUGCGUCUGGAGGAGAAAAGCUCGCUGGCGCUGGUGGAUUUUCUUUGCCAGAACAGCAACUGUUUGGACAAGUGCACAGCAGAAGGAAACACAGCUCUCCACUACAGCGCCUUGUACCAUAAACCCGAAUCUCUCAAGUUGCUACUCAAAGCAAAAGCAGCCCUGAAUACAGUGAAUUCAAAUGGAGAAACUGCACUUGAUAUUGCCAAGAGGCUUCAGCACUUACACUGCAUUGAACUGUUGGAGCUGGCUCAGAGUGGGAAGUUUAACUCUCAGAUCCAUGUGGAGUUCAUGUGGGAGACUCAUUCCCAGGAGAUCUAUGACAGUGAGGAUGACCUGGAUGAAAGGGUGAGCCCAUUUCCAAAGAACCGUUCCCCCCCGUCCUCGACUGGAGGCGUUGGAACAGCCCGCUGGUGUGGGAGUAAUGGAGCGAGUACAGGCAGGCCCUGUCAAACCUAUGAGAACCUAGAAUUCCUCUAUAAAAAUCCUCCUGCUAAUAGCCUCCCAUCAGGAACAUUAAUGCCACCGCCGCCACUUCCAUCAAAAUCCAUCCUGAGAGGCCGCUCUGACCCCCAGAUUUCAGUCCCGAUGCAGGACGGAAGCGUCCUUCCGCGAAAGCAUUGGAACCCGAACUCCCACUCGUCCAGCCCUCAGACGCACACUAAACACGGCUCGACUUUAACCACUGCGGAGAGCCAAAGCCAGAGCGGCAGACUGUCCAGGACUCCUCACGGACAGGGAGGUCUUCAGCGGGCUCACCGGCAGACCUGGGAUGGUCAUUCCGCCACGUUUUCUGGGUCUCAAAAUUCUGUCACACCCACAUCCACUCAGAACCACAUAGGACCUGUGAGUUCAGAGAAGACGACGUCAUACCGCCGCACCAGCAGUGGAGGAGGCAGCCAGGGAAAGUGCAGUUCUUUGUCUCCAAGCAGUACUGGCAGCCAGGAGGAGCUGUACUGCAGCUUAGUUGGGAACAGUUCUCCUGCACCGGUUUCUGGUCCAGGUCCUGGUCCUGGUCCUGCUCCUUCAUCUUCACCUGUCAUGGCCUGUGCCCCACGACCCCGCCGAAAUGCAAUGGUUUCUGGCAGCAGACCUCCAACCAGAGUCAAAGCUUUGGUGGACUGCCAAUCUGUGGGCUCUGAGCAGCUGGCUUUCUUCAAAGAUGAAGUCAUCGUGGUCACAGACACUAAGGACCCCCACUGGUGGCUUGGCCACAUAGAGGGGGAGCAAUCCAGGAGUGGGACCUUUCCUGCAAACUAUGUACAAAAACUAAAAGGCUGACAUCGGCUUACCUGUGAAAUAUGGGAAAUAUCCACCAAGUGGAAUUUAUUAACAGGAACACUCUGUUACAUUCUUGAUUUCAACUCUCACUGGAGGAUCAACUGAGAAUGAACUUAAUGCGAGCUUCAGCCAGCUGAAGCUGCACCUGGGGACACAUGUAAAUAUAAGCUUUGAAAGGAUUUUCCCAUUUGAGGAGUUACUGAGCUCAAAAACUAACCAAAACCUUCAGCUGUUGUUAAUUGCGACAAGGAAUUGAAAUGUGCAAAGCUAAUGCACAUCUUUACACAUUUGUGUCAAAGUUCAAAUGCAGAUGAGACGUUUGAAUCUCAGUGGAGUCUUAAAGAGAUGAUGGGGUUCUGCUGCUGCAGAGGGAUGUUGCUGCUUUUAGAGUCAAACAGAGAAGGUCCAGUGUUGCAAAUUACAGACUUAAGGGGAUCAAAUGCUGUGCGUGUCUGGGGCAGUCCGCCUGCCGGUCUGUCUCCAUCAAAUAUCAGGCGUCUGUCUGUGUAGCUCUGAUAUUUGGCUCAGUCGUCAGGGGUCUGGGCAUAAAUCACCGUCUGCAGGCGGUGUGAGAGAUCCAGUUUCCCUCGGCUCCAUGGAUCCGUCUCUUGAUAAGGUAAUGUCGACGUUUUCGACAGAAUAGCACCCCCACUGUCUUCCCACAAAUGGCACUUAAAAAGAGUGUUUGUAUGAGAAAACUAUUCCAUAUAGCUGAAGAUAACAUUUAUUUACUGAAAGGUCUUUUUUUUGUCCAACACAUGCACCACUGCAUCAGUGUUCUAAAUAAAGUUUCAAAAACUAACAUGUAAAUGUAACACAUUUUACUGCUUCUCUAUUCUAUUUGUUGUACAUAUUUAUCUAAAGUUACUGUGUACUUGUGUUCAUUUUACAGUUAUGCGUCAUAAAGGACAGUUUCACGUUUUAUGCCUAUUUUACUGUCAUGUGGAACUGAUGUGCAACCAGGAAGUCUGAGAAAAAGAGGGAAUUAAAACAAAAAAAGGUUAAUAUCCAGAGAAAUGCAUGAAAAAACACAUUCUUUUAGCAUGUUGCUAAGGAAUGCUUGCUAACAUUUCCGUGUUUAAUAAAACAAUACAUGUAGCAGCAGAAAUGUCUGAGAACUCUUUGUCAUGUAGAUAAAUGAGCUCAUUUUAAUUAUAUUUGUCUUAACGCACUGAUUAAAAGCUUCUCAAGUGC